AUGUGCUUGCUCGAGGAAAAACUCUCGGUGUGCUGUCAAAUUCCUGAAGUCAGCCCAUGUCCCGAUGGUUCCGAAUGGCCUCGAGUCUUCGACAUCAACGAGCAGUUUCCAGCCAUGUUCAAUGAUCGUCGAAAAUUGCCGAGAUUGCGAGUGGAGAGACUAUGUUCAUGGGACAUAUACAAGGGAAGCUGA